AUGCCUGAGGAGAUUCCUGGAGAGGCCGACGGCUUUGAUGUAGAAGCAGCACUGUCCGCGUUUCUAGCAGAUGCGACCAUGAUGGAAUUGAAACUACCCGCAUUGGAGACUGAGCAGCGCAAGAAGGCCAAGAAGUUAGCCGAGGAGUACCCUGAAAUAAAAUGCGAAAGCUACGGCUUUGGACCAGAGCGCAGGCUCCACUUGUUCAAGCCGAAUCCGGCAAAUUUGAAGGGCAAGGAGACCGACAGUCAAAGUAAGAAGGAUGAGAUUCACUCAGCGCAUUUUGGAUCCGAAGGGUCCACAGUGAUUUCUGGUGUUACCUCUCCUGAAGACAAAAACGAGCCUGGUUCAGAGGAGGGUGCAGGAGUGGCAUUGUCUCCCAACGUGUACCAAGUUCGGAACACAUUCAUCCACAUCGAGGGUAGCGAUGUGGUCGAUCAGCGUGCCGUUCAGUCAAUGCCACAUGGCAUGUUCUCACAAUGUCUCCAGGAUGAAGUGAGUGCUCUACCAGGCAGUGUGGCAGGCACCACAGCAGAGAGGGGACAGCCUACUACAACGUUUUUGGUGGAUGCUCCCAAGGAGACUUUUGCGCCUGGCACUGAAGUUGUGAUCGAAGGUCUUACCAAGUAUCCCGCUUUCAAUGGAUUGCAUGGAACGGUGCUGUCCCUCGAUGCUGAGACAGCACGUUAUAACGUGCAGCUGUCGUCUGCAGACGGCUCAAUUGGCCAGAGUGCCAAAAUCAAAGGCGAAAAUCUGCGAAUGACAGUUCCACCACCUCCCCCUUUCGAGUCAACUGCGAGCAGAACAGAGGACAUCAAAUCCACUAUGCAAGCGAGGGCUCCUGACUUCGUGCCCAUGCAGUGCAUGGGGAUGACAAGCAUCCCUCCUGCUCAAUCAUGGCAGGACCACAGGACAAUGCAGCCAACCUACGACCAGACCCAAUACGAUCCAUACUCGUACUCCACGGCAAUGAUGUUUGCAGCAAGAUGA